AUGGAUCCUUCUACGCUCUGGUGGUCCUUCUCUAGUCUCGCAGCUGCGUUUGUGCUUUUUCAAAUGUUCACCGUGCCAUCACACUUGCGCCAUCUCCCUUGUGUUCCGAUUCUCCCUCUUUUGGUUAGUUAUUUAUCAGGUGAGGUCGAGGAUGUUCGUAUCAAGCGUCUUAUUCUACCAUUCGCAAACGAGAGGGAUGAAGGACUCGUCCUCGUGUGGGCGUUAGGUCGAUGGAUGAUUCACAUCCUUGAUCACAAGCUUGGGGCUCAAAUGGCUGAGAACCCUUUGUUAUAUCCGAAAGAGUUACCCCCCGAUGGUCUCUUGUUAUGGCGCUUCAUUGGGGGCUCAAACGUCCUCUUGGCAAAUGGUGAACGGUGGAAGAAACACUCCAACGUCAUCCGAGAUGCCUUUAAUCUUUCCAUCCCUAUCGACCAGUUCACCCAUUUGGCCAAGAACCUCUUUGAUGUCAUUAAUCCGCCCUCGGAUGGGAAUGACACCCAUACUGUCGACUUUUCUGAUCUCGCGCAGCGUUUCGCCCUAGAUGCAGUUGGGUCUUCAGUCCUUGGGUAUGACUUUGAUGCUAUCCGCACUGAGUCCUUGUUCGUCCACGAGUACAACGGCAUUAUGCACGAUAUCGCCAACCCUCUUUAUCUGAUUAUGCCCUUCCUUGAGAAGGUUUUUCCUCGCAGGAAGGUCAUCAAGCGCAUGGACAACUUAGUCGACAAAUUUAAAAUGCUGCUUCAGGCAAAACGCAAUGACCCUGGAGAUGAUAUGAUGACUUUCAUGCUAAAAGAUCCUGCGAUGUCCGAGGAAGAGCUUCGUGAUAAUAUGGUCGUCCUCUUCAUAGCUGGCCACGAUACAUCUGCUGGAGGUCUCUCCACUCUAAUUUAUUUCCUUGCGAUUCACCCAGAGAUUCAAGCCGCUGCGCGCGAGGAAACUCUUCGUGUUCUUGGCCCUACUUCUAUUCCCAGCGUCGAUACCCUCUCUGCUGCAUCAUUGCCUUAUCUCAACGCCUGCAUUCGUGAAUCUCUUCGUAUCAACACUCCGAUCUCAUAUAUCGUCCCUCGUGCCGCCGUGGAAGCUGUCACCCUUGGAAAGUACUACAUUCCACCUAACACCUCACUUAUAUACAAUAUCUACGCCGUCCAUCACCGCAAUGACGUCUGGGGUGAUCCCCACACUUUCAGGCCCAACCGCUUCCUCGAUAAUACCGAGAGGGGCUCGGUUCUCAAGGAUGCCUGGAUUGCUUUCGCCUCUGGACCUCGGCAGUGCCCUGCUCGUAACUUUGCUCUCUACGAGCAGCGUGCCCUAGCCGUAAUGUUGUUGCGGGAGUACGAGUGGAUAUUACCAGCAGAUUCGAUUCAUAAAAAUGGAUUGAAGAACGCCUUCUCCCCAUUUGCCCUGACGCUCCCCCGUGACCUUCAUAUCACUUUCACGAAGCGCAAGUGUUAG